AUGAGUAGGCGUGGAGGUUUAGUUAAAGGCAAAAGAAAAACUAAGCCCACUGAUAAAAAGAGUGAUCCUGCGGAUAGACAAACAGUUCGGAAUAAGUCAUGUUGUCCUUUACAAAUAAAGGAGUGGAAAGAACUUAAAGAACAUGAAAUUGACCAUAUGUGGACCAUUAUCAAGGAGAAGUUUGUAUUUGAAGAAGUAGAAGGAAGGAAAGAAGCCAUUUUUGGUCACAUGAAUGCCUUAUAUAGGGAUUACAGAUACAAAAUGAAGAAAAAUAUUUUGAUUCGAAACCAACUUACCAAUCGUUUGAAAAACAAGCCCAAACUUGAAAGGAGUAACAAGAAUAAGACAAAUAGAUCAAAGCGGUCUAUGCCUCCUUACACAGGAACUAAAAGUUAUGCUCGACUCAGACGUCAAAUGGUUUUGAAGAAAGCAGAAAAUGGUGAGGGCAAAAAUACAACCAUUCCUCUUGAAGGGACAUCGUCAUCUCUGGAAAAUGAGGAAAAAACGGUUGUUCAGGAAGAAAUGGCUGAGAAAUGCAGAUGCAACGCAGACGCCAAGAACAGACGCAACGAAGAAUUUGGGCGCUGGUCGACACCGCGCCUUAGAAAGUUUCGGUACUACUUGUCUCUACGCACCGUUUUAGAGAUGCUUAAUGACCGAGGCUAUGACAUUCCCUCCUCUCAACUCAGUCGCUCACUGGCUGAGUUCCGUUCGAUUUUUGAGACAAACCUCCUAGAACGACUACGUUUUGACUUUCCUCUCCGUUCCAAACCCUCCAAAAAGAUCACCGACUUGUUGGUUAACAUAACAAAGCAUAUCUUGCAACCAAAGCAUGAGAUACUGACUGCUGCAGAGAAACACAUAUUGUUGAAGAAGUAUAUGUUGGAAGAUGAACAGCUCCCUCGAAUGCUCGAAAAUGAUGCUAUUGCUCGAUACUAUGGUCUAGAGAAGGGGCAGUUGGUGAAGCUUACUUACAGUGAUGGAUUUGCUGAUUCUCUUGAAACCUACCGCUGCAUUCAGUGAAUGCUUCUUGAAGCAGUGGUUGCAGGGUAGAUAUAUUACAUUAACGACAAAUGAAUUUUUUUACUCUUGACAUUACUCUUUUUUUGAGCGAGGUUGAUUUGAUUAGUUAAACCGUUUAUAUUAACAACUCAAAUGAAAAGGGGAUAACUUCUAUUUUU